UUUAUAAGCUCACCCGGCUUCCUAGCUCUCCCACCGCCACCCUCUCCCCUCACGCAGACAUUCCCAAAGUCUCUCCCCACCGCCCCCGGUGGAGGUUCCUCCCGACCCUCCCGCCUUUUUUAGAAACACACACACGCAAACCCCAGGAAGUUUGUGCCUCUUGACUUUCCCCUUCUUUCUCUCUCUCUCCCCCUGCCUGCCUGCCUGCGAAUGUUAUUGGUCAACACGCUCUCCCAGCACUGGGCUCCUUCUAUAGCAGCUCUGUUGACUAAUCGAAAGUUGGCCUGAGUUUCAGUUUCUUUUCCCCAUCCAAGGUAAUCACUUCGAAGAACUCGCCUUCGACACCUCUGCACUUCAGUGUCAUGCAAAACGUCGAGGCAGUCAGAAAGAGCUUGUGGUGACCCAGCGAGAUUGGCUUGAUGCAUCAGACCCACCAACAGUUUUUUGUAGAAAUAAAUGCAACCAAAGUACACUCAGGCUAAGAGAACGUUUACAAUUUAGUAGCCACCAGACAUCUCCCCACAUUGCCACUGGAGAAUGUCAGAAUUCCACAGAAACAAAGGAAAUAAGCCUUCAGAUCUCGAUGAAGCUGUUGCCCGUUUUCUCAAAGAAUUUCCUGCCAAGAGAGAAGAGAUUGAGAAGUGUAUCAAAUGUCUCCUGGAAAUGGCAGAUGACAUUGACAAGACCCAUAAGGACUGUACUAUUGCCAGCAUUACUGCCGGCUCUACAAGUGCAGUUUCUGGUGUCUUGAACAUCCUGGGAAUAGCUUUGACCCCUUUCACAGCAGGCACGAGUUUAAUCCUGAUGGCCACUGGUUUGGGCUUGGGGUUAGCAUCAGGAGCUACUAGUGUUUCUGCUAGUGUGUCUGAGCGUAUUAUUCAUUCGAAGGACAAGAAAAAAGCACAAGAGCUGAUGAACGAAUGUGAGGAAAGCCUACGAAUGGUGCUGAGCCUUGAGCAAAUUGGUUUCAACUGUAAAUUGCCUCCACAUAGUGAAGCUACUGGGAAAACCGUUCAAAUGACCCAUACAGCAGUCAUUUCUGGUUGUCAUGUUGCUAAUCACAUUCCAAAAAUGAUUGAUCAGGUGGCAGGAAUUGCAACACAUGUAGAAGCACUGGAGUGUGCUAAAGCUAAUCCUGCCUUGAAGGCUUUAGCCAAACAAGCUACAGCUGCAAGAAGCGUAGCCCGAGAUGCAAUCAAGGGAAUUGAUCAAGUCGACGAUGCAUUUAAAGGAACUGCCCUUGCAAUGAGCAAAGGAGCUAGAGUGGCAGGUGCUGCAUUGUCUGGGGUGUUUCUUGCAGUGGAUGCUUAUUGCAUUGCUAAGGAUGCCACGGAUUUGUCAAAAGGUGCCAAGACAGAAAAGGCAGCAGAGAUCAGAGCCAAGGCUGAUAAGUUGGAGGAGAUAGUGCAGAAUCUCAAUGAGUUCUAUGAGGAACUGAGAAAAGUAUGGGAUUGAGGCAGACCCAAACCACACUGUGAGUGCAUCAGUUAUGUAAUGUUGGCCCAGGUAGAAGAGCACAGAGGGAAACGCAGUGCAAGUAUGACUGGUUGCAAGUAAGAGCUUGCCUUUGAGCCCACUAUGGCAGUGAAGAAGCGAUAGUUCUCUGCCACCUGCAUAUCCUCACAGUGCUGUUCAAUUGAGCUUUUCUGAAUGGUUUGUGACCUCUAUCAGCUGCUAAUAAUCUUCAUGAAGCCUCAGAGCCCAUUGCGAGUUGUUUGCUAAGUAUUCCUCAGAUAAAACUGCCCUGAUUUGCCUUGACUUGGAUAUUUUCAGAGCACCGUCUAGUCAAUUCCUGAGGGGUGGUGAUUCAUCUAGAGCAGAAGGUGGUGUUCAAUUUAUUUUGGAUAGGGUUGCGCUCCCCCUAAAAUAUUAGAUAUGAAGGUUGAAGAUGCUGUUAGAUCUGGCCUUAUCAUUAGAACCCCAUGUGGCUGCUAUGGCACAAAGCACCUUUGAGAGCAUGGGCUAGUGCCAACUAAACCUCUCCUGGACAGAGAUACCGCAACCAUAGUUGUCCAUACACUGAUACAUCUUAUCUAGAUUACCGCAAUGUACUGUACUUGGGGCUACUUUUGCAGACAGUCUAAAAACGACAACUCACUGUUCUGUGAACACUAACACUAUUCUGUGACACAGUGUAUAAAUAAAAAUGCUUAAUUAGA